UAAAUUCUGGUGAGUCUCCAGUGUUGUCAGUUCGUGGAGAAAACUUACUGGGAACUAACGCCGCCUUUUAACAAACAAACGGGACAGGUGUUCUUUUUAGUCUCUGACGCUUCAUCUCUGUCCGUGUACGUGCGCGCUCCCGUCGGUCUCUCUCUCUCUCUGUCAAACAGGUUGGACAGGGACACACCUGUGGCUCUCACACAGGUACUUCUUUGACUCGCCUCCAUUUUCUUUACUCCGUUUCUGGUCAGAGUGAACGGAGGACGCACCGCAAGCCGAGGAGGACAAAAGGGGAAGACAACUUUGAAUUUAAACAAAACCACAAACAACUCGAUUAUGAAGGUUUGGAUUGUCCUGCUGGUCGCAGCCUUCGCUGCAGGAGCCUACGCUCAGAGCUGUUCAUGUGAGUCUAUGAAAUGGGCCACCUGUGACGGUUCCCCAUGUACCUGUUACGUCAUGACUGGCGACAACUUCAAACAAAAUCUGGACUGUGCUAAGUUGGUUCCCAAGUGUUACCUGAUGAAGGCAGAAAUGUACAGAGCCAGGAACAAGCUGGACACCCGUACCAACAUCGGAGGAAAGCCUGUGGAGACCGCCUUUGUUGACAACGACGGCAUCUACGACCCCGACUGUGAGACCAAUGGUAAAUUCAGGGCCAAGCAGUGCAACAACACCAAGGAGUGUUGGUGCGUCAACAGCGCUGGGGUUCGACGAACGGACAAGGGAGACGAGAACCUCAAGUGUGAGAAGCUGGUGGAGACCUACUGGGUUCGUAUUCAGUUGACUCACAAAAAAGUGGAGAAACCAGUCAAGGUUGACCAGCUGAAGGGUGCCAUCGCUGAAGCCAUUAACAAGAGAUACAACAACUUCAACAAAGACUUGGUGAAGGAAGUCCAGUACGACCCUGACGCUCGCAUGAUUGUGUUGGAUGUGAAGAAGUCCGUGGGAGAUCGCACCAAUGAACUGACCCACAUGGCCUACUACAUGGAGAAGGAUGUGAAGGUUCUGCCCCUGUUCAGGAGCCAGGACAAGUUUGCCCCAGUGGUAGAGGGCCAGAAGCUGGAGAUGGAGAACAUCCUGGUGUACUACGUGGACGAGGAGGCCCCCACCUUCACCAUGAAGCAUCUGUCUGGGGGGAUCAUCGCUGUCAUUGUGGUGGUGGUGCUGGCUGUGGUGGCCGGCCUGCUGAUUCUGUUCUUUGUCAAAAGGCGUCAGAGCCAGCGGUACAACAAGGCUCAGCAGAGAGAGAUGGAGCCCAUGUAAAGUCUCCAUGUGAGCAGGCGUUUCCUGAAGAGCUUGUACAUCACCACUGGAUGACGCGCUCCAGCAGUGGCCGUGUGUCUUCUCCACCGUUUUACUUGAGCAUCAUCACAUGGUCGUCAUUGGAACUGCUGUUGUCGUCAUUUAUUUAUAAAUGUUUUAUGUCUAAUCCACAUGCCAUAAAGAACUUUGCUUUUUUUUUCUGUUUUUCUAAAGAUGCCAGGUUUUAACCGUAGAACUCAUUGUUUGGCCUUAAUUCGUUGUCACUGAUUGUACAGUUGCUGUCUUUGUUUUUGUGUUUGUUUGAUGAAUCGUUUUUAAUAAAAUGUUUUAAAGACUC